GAAAUGAAAGAACAGAUGUUUAGUCCAGCUGCUGACAGAACAAACAAACAGGUUCUGUUAGGAGAGCACAGUUCUGAUAAAUACAGCCGACUGGACCGCCAGCUGCAGAACGCCAACUCCCAGUUCCUGGAGGAGCAGCAGGUCCAGCAGCAGCUGAUCACAGAGAAACAAGACGAGCAGCUGGAGCUGGUGUCCGGAACCAUAGGGGUUCUGAAGAACAUGUCGGAGCGGAUCGGCAUGGAGCUGGACGAACAAGCUGU